AGAUCCUUCUUCUCUGAUAUUACUCCAAAUAGUCUUUACUCCUAUACUAUGCUCGUGGAGUGGGAAUUGGUGCACGCUUUUAUUAGCGAGUGUAUAAAGUAAUAAAGUAACACUUUUAUGAGAUAAAAUAUUAAUUAAAAUUAUCUUUUUCUUCGUUGGGUUCGAUUGCUUCAAAUUCAAGGGACCUCUCUCUAUCUCUUUUUCCCCAAUACCUGAAACUGAUUUUAGUUCCCUUUCCCUUUCCUUCCUUCCUUCCUCGCAUCAUAUCAUAUCUCCAUAGUUAUUAUAAAUAGCUCAUCGAUAGAGAGAUAUCUUUCAUUCACAGUAAGAGAAUUAAUUAAAUUAAGAGAGAUGAGGACGAUGAUAUCAGAUGUAGUAGUAGGGAAUCUAAUGAGUGUGUAUUUAGGUUUAAUAGCUUCUCUUAAGCUUUUUGGUGUAUUGAGUGGGCGGAGUUUCUCAGGAAUGUUUGUGGUUUUGGUUUCUUCAGCUGCUGUUCUCUUUAUCCUCUUAUCUACUCUCUCUUGGGAUGUUUCUCGCAAAGCUGCUGCUUCAUCUCCUUCUUCUUCAGCAUCAUCAUCAGCUCAAGAUUAUAAUCAUCCGAAUAGUGGGGCCCAUAAGUGUCGAGGAGGGAUUUGUUGGCACGGUACUGUUUCUGUUGGAUCAACUGUGUCUCAAGUCCGAUUUCGUCUUCCGCCUCAUCACCACCACCAGUUACCACCACCACCACUACCUUAAUUCGUCCAUAUUUAAUAGUUUAUAUAUAUAAUAACCAAAUAUUAGAAAUCAUCUGGAUGACUGAAGUUAGGGGUUUUGUACAUGUUAAGUCGGUUUCCACAAUGUAAUCUAUCUAUCUAUCUUAUCUACUACUUCUGUGUUUUUUUGGUUGUGAUUUGGGGAUGACUACUUCUUCAACUGCGGUGAUAUGUAUUAUGUUAUGUAAAUACUGUUUCUGUAAAUGAAUAAUUAACACACUUAAUAAAUUACUAUCCUUUUCUUUUCUUUAGAAAA